AUGUCUUCCUAUAAGAAUACGAAUACGACUUAUCCAAUUCAAACAUUUGAUGUUCCAAAAUUUUUAAAAGAACAUCCAUUUCUAUCUGGACUUUUAAAAAAAGAUGGAAAUUUAUUUCAAUGUGAUGGUGAUGCACCUUCACCAUCGAAAGAUUAUGGUCAAUUACAAAUAAAUUCCAAUACAGUUGUUCUUCGUUGGUGGAAAAUAACUCUUCGUAAUAUUGAAGGUUCAAUUUAUCCAGGUGAAAUAAAAAAUUCUUAUGAAGAUUUUUAUCAUGAUGAAAUUGCUCAACGUGAAAUAAGUCGAAUAUUUGGUAAAAAAACACUUGAUUAUUGUUUACAUUUAGUUUGUGGUCAAAUUGAUUGGCUUUCACGUUUACCAUUGAAUAUUCAAAUAAAAAUAUGUUCAUUUGUUAAUCUUGAUGAUAUACCAAGAUUAUCAUUAGUAUCAAAAUUAUUUCGAUCAAUUUGUCGACAUAAUGAUCUAUGGAAAAUUUUAUAUAUGUAUCAACAUGGUCGACAUGCAUUAGAAAAUAAAAAUUUAAUACAAUUAGCAGAAAAACGUGGUUGGCGUCAUGUAUUUUUUACGAAUCGAUUAAAAUUACAAAUUGAAUUACGUCGUGAAGCUCAACUUGAACAUUAUCAUCCCGAAGAUCCAUCAGAUUUAGUUAAAGCAAGAGAACGUCGACAUAAAUUACAACCAAGUCCACCUGUAUCAGCAAGAGAACAACCUUCAGUUCGACGACAUUCAAUUGCAAUAAGAAAAGGAUCACCAUUACCGGAUAGGAGUGGAUCAGCUAAAACUGAUAUUGUUCAUAGAAGUGAUUCACCAUUGUUAUCUGCACGAUCAUUUGAUAGUAGAAGUAUGAAUUCUACACCUUUAUUACGUUCUCCAACGAAUCAUUAA